CGAGUUCACACCAAAAAUAUUCAUAACCUCAUUCUUUUUCGUGAUGGUUGUUUUGAAAAUUUAUUUUUAGUUUUUUUCCCCGAAUUUAUUAAAUUUAAUGCUUUUAGUUCGUCGUGCAUUUUCCACAUUUAGAAUGGCUUGUAGUCGGUACGAAUAUGUUAAGCAAUUUGAGUUGGAUGACAAAAUUCUCCCCAAUACGUGGAUCGUUGUCCGGGUGGAUGGGAAAGGAUUCCACAAAUUUGCCACAGUUCACAGUUUUGAGAAGCCCAAUGAUUCCAGGGCACUGAAUCUGAUGAACUGUGCAGCUAUAUCUGUGAUGCAGGAAUUCCGUGACAUUGCUAUUGGUUACGGACAGAGCGAUGAGUAUUCAUUUGUCUUCCGGAAGAGUACGGAAAUCUACAAAAGACGCUCUGCGAAGAUUAUGUCCAUGGUAACGAGUUUAUUUACAUCGGCCUACGUUAUGAAUUGGGGAAAGUUUUUCCCGGAGGAUCGAUUGCAGUACGCCCCGGCUUUUGAUGGACGGGUUGUUGUGUAUCCCAGCGAUGAGAACCUCAAGGAUUACCUGGCGUGGCGACAGGCGGAUGUGCACGUGAACAAUUUGUACAAUACAGCUUUUUGGAAUCUUGUCCUACGCGAUGGGCUGAGUAAUGCUGAAGCCGAAGCCAGACUCCGUGGCACGGUGGCGUCAGAUAAGAAUGAACUUCUCUUCCAACGCUUCGGGAUAAACUACAAUAAUCUUCCACCGAUGUAUCGCAAAGGCACCGUCCUGCUGCGGAAGCGUGUUCAUGCUGAAAAGUUGGAUCUCAAGCGACAGCUAAUUGUGCCUCAGUACGUCGAUCUCAUUCGCGAGAACUUCUGGACGGAGAAUUGGGAAUUGCUCGAUACAAAGGGGUCCGGAGGCGAUGUAUUUCACCUCAAGGAUCGCGAUCUUCCUGACUUGAUGAAAAUUCAAAUUUCCACCACACGAGAAGCCGGAAAUUAACAAUGUUCUCACUCCUUUAUAUAUAAAUUGUUAUUUUUAUCUUGUCUCUCAAAUUACAAAUUGCAUUUUUCUUUAGAUGUUUCUGAAACAGGA